UCCUAGAAUCAACAAAUGACUGUAAAACUAAAAAUCAUUCUAAAUUAGAAUGUUUAUUUGGGCAUUAUUCGUACUUCUCGUAGUCUCCAUGUCAGCGGAAAAAGAGGUACCUGGUCAGAGGGCAAAGGCAUUCAAGGAAACAGGUGGCGUGUACCCCUUAAUGGUGGACUUCUGUUCUGCCCUCCGCUGGCAACACUGCCUCGACGAGCCUGUACGCAUCGGCUGCUGGAACCUACAGCGCUACGGCGUCGCCAAGAUGAAGAACGAACUUGUGAUGGACGUCAUUGUCCAGGUCAUUUCUAACUACGAUUUGAUCGUACUGCAAGAAGUGACGGAUACGACGGGCACGGCCGUACCUGCGCUGAUCACGGCUAUCAACACUUACAUGGGCAGCGAGAAUCUCUACGUGGCUGUUGAGUCGCCGAGGAUAGGAAGAAAUUCUUAUAAGGAACAAUAUGUGUUCGUGUAUAUGCCAAGCCGCAUGACGUUCGUGAACGGCUACAAGUACGUGGAGCAGUCGGACGUGUUCCAAGUGGAGCCUUUCAUCGCGCACUUCACCAGCAACAGCACGGGGCCCCUGCGCGAGUUUGCCGUCAUUCCCCUGCAUGCCAAGCCCUCCGACGCUCUCGUCGAAAUGGACGCCCUUGUGGACGUCUACGAUCAGAUGAUUCUUGACUUAGGAAUUGAAGAUACGAUAAUUCUUGGAGACUUCAACGCUGGCUGCAACUACAUCGUACAAGAGGAGUACGAACAAAUGAGACUCUACACAGACCCACGCUUCCAUUGGCUCAUUUCUGACCACGCUGACACCACAACAAAGACUACGUCUUGUCCAUAUGACAGGAUCAUCCUGGCGGGCUCCACCCUGCAGAAGGCAGCGUACUACAAGACUGCCACCACUUACUACUUCGAUGAAGUUCUCGGCAUCAAAUCAAACUCUGACUUGAUUCAAGACAUCAGCGACCACUACCCGGUCGGCGUAAUGAUACGAGGCUCCGUGCCCGCCUCCGUGUCGGAUUUGUACAGCUCGUCAAGCGCCAACUCGAGCGAACCACGCGCGCCUCCUAGCGAAGUUCGAGUGAGCGUCAGCGUCGACCUGCCGAGCCAGCCUUGCUGGUCUAAAGUAUUCAAUUUGAUGCAAGGAUGGACUUCCGAAAGUCAGGAAGGCUGCCCAGUCCAUGGAUUAUCUGAAUUAUCACCUCAAGUAGCCAUAUCUUCCAACCUCGCUUUUCUUGAGUGGAGCGCCACCGAUGUGGACGGUGCAUUGCAAGUCCUCACGCACCUCUCCACACAGCAUCCCGACGUCAUCCCGCCUCAGGCUGUUGCCGUUCUUGGCUACAAGGCCGGGCAUGGAGCGCUGAGUGAUCCAGCGAUAUACGCAGCAGAGCGCGAGCCUCAGCACCUGCGACUCUCGCUGUUGUGCCGCUCACACCACCAGGAGGCGCUCUGUUCACUCACUCUCAGCGCACGCACCGACGUCAACUGAUACAACCAAUGUCUAUUUAAUUACAUCAAAUUAUGUGUGCGUAUUAUUAUCUUGUGCUUCAGAAACAAAUAUCAUGAUGAAAAUUCACCUUAUGACUAUAAAGAUUUUUUCCUAAAAAUACUUUAUACGGGAG